AUGACCACAAAAAACUUAUCAUCAACAUCUUUCAAAGGUAAAAUUAAUGGACAACGUUUACCACCGAUUCCUGUUACUAAUGAGCAACCAGCCACAACAACAACAACAACAACAACAACAGCAAAUGGCGAUCAUCCGACCUCGAUUUUGAAAAAAUCAAAGCUAUUAAUCGAAAAUGUAAACAAUGACGAUGAUCGUACACUUCCUCUUGAUGAUGAUGAACUCGAAACUUCACGGGUUAUCUUUCAAAAAUCACAAGCAGAUGUACUUCUACUACUAGACACUUAUCCACCUAGAACUUGGGCAGUACCAAAAUGUUUACAAUCAGGCUAUGAAAAUACACUAGAUCAAGGUCAAAACCAAAAUACGAUAUUUCAUAUUCCUCUGUCUUCUGAUAAUCAACACGAUGAUCCUACUCAUGCAUUCCCAUCGCCGAUCAGCGAUCGAAUAUCAUCGUCGCGUUACUGUCGCCGGUCUGUCAGCAGUGCUUGCAGUCGUCGCUCGUCAAUUCUUUUUCAUCGUAACACUGGUGUUCCUGUUGACUCGACAAAACUUCAACGUGAAAAUACAUUUGACACAGUAUGUGAAAGUCUCACAGGCAGCUUUCUUCCAUCAUAUACGCCUCUACCACCGAUACCAACUGAUCCAGUUCCCAAUUUAACAAGCUCAUUAACGAUUCCGCCAACAGCUCCACUACCAAGUAUAUCACCACCAUUAGUAACUGCUGAACAAAUACCUGCUAUACAAGAAAAAAAAGACGAGUUUACUCGACGUUUACUCUCGAAAAGUUUUCAUCGUGAAGCAACUGUUUUGUCCAACAAUAAAACUAUGCAAUCUCCAACAGUUAUACAUAAAGCACCGUUAGAUAAACCUAUUGCUACAACACGAUUAUCAAAACCUACUGCGCCAGUACAAUCACAAAAACCAAUUGUUGACAAUCGUCGCGUAAACAGCGUUGAACGACAUGUUCCAGCAGCUCCUCCUAUUCGAAAUAAAAUGCCAACAACAGCCAGCAGUAUUCCAACGAAUCUAAAUAAUCAACGUUUUGUAAAAUUUCCGUUAGACAUUUUUCAACCACAGCUCAAAUCUAAUAUUGCAACAAAUGUAACAAAUAAAAAGCCUCUGCCAGCAUGUAAUAAAACAAAAUUUUCAACAAAACCUAAUACAGCCAAGGUUAAAUUUAAUCCAACCAUAUCUGAUGAAGAAAUAAUCCAAUCCAACAAUGACGUCAUUCCUCCUUCUUUUCAUGUUGCUACCCCUAAUGAAACAGCUCAAGUAACAAAUACUGUCAAAACAGAAGAAUCAUCUGUUUCAAUUGCAAACAACGAAUCUACAUCUCCGCAGACCGAACAACAAAUUAAAUUAGACAUUUCUACUGAACCUAAACGUAAUUUAUCGCCUCGUUGUAAUUCACACUAUGGUCGUCAAUCUUUACAUCCAGUACCACAACCAUUAUCAUUACAAGGUGAAAAACCUGUUGAUCCUAAUUAUCCACCAGCAACAGCCAGAACUACUACAUCAGCAAUGAUCAAUUGUCAACGAAGAGGAAGUUUAAAAGGUCAACCUGUAAUUACAGAAUUAUUUGCAGAUUCUGUAGUUGAAACGCAAAAUCCUAGUGUAAAACCUGAACUAAUGCCUUCAGGCAAACCAUCUAUGGUUAAAAUGAAAAAACCACGAAGAAAUUGUAUUAAAACUGCUAAACCCAAAAAACAAAUCACUGCUAAUAAGCCAAAAAUAACACCGAAAAUUAUAGAAAAAAUUGAAGUAAAAUGUCAAAAUACAAAUUCAGAACUUGAUCAACAAGAAAUACCGAAUGAAAAUACAAUGAUUGUCUCUGGAACUGAUUGGGUCAUGGCAGUUAAAGUACAGGCUAAGAAUGAUGAAGAUCCUACACUUUCACAAUUAUGUGAAAUAUCUACUAUUGACGAAGAAGAUCUACCAUCGUGUGCUUCACCUACAGAUCAUCUAGAUGUAUCACAAACCACACUCAUGACAAGUUUUGGUGACAAUACGAGACGGAAUAGUAUGGAAUCGUUACAAGCAGUUGAAAUCAGUCCUGUUUUAACUCAAAUUAUUGAACACCCUAUUGAAUCCCUUUCUCAAAAUUCCAUUCAACCACCAAAAUCAAAUGAACCUCAACUGAUUAAUUCUGAUAUUCGUACUGUUUAUGAAACAUUACAAGAUUCAAUUCGUAAAGAUACAUCACUUCGCUCAUUGCCAUCGCUAGUCAAUGAACAAGACACUGCAUCAGUCAAACCAUCAACAACAGCAAGCACAACAUCUAAGAAUAAAACAUUGCCAUUUGAAACUUCUCUUAGUAUUACACAAACAUAUAACAAUUCAGAUACUGGCCUUUCUAUCCGACCCGCUUUACGUGUUGUUAAUGAUAGUUUAAAUAGUCGAGGUAGUGAAACUCUUGAUUCAACAAGUAGUCAUGAAGAUUAUAAUGCAACACCAUUAUGUACUGAAAGUGAUUGUGAUGAAAUUUAUCGAACAGCACGAAAAGGUCGUCAAGUCGGACGAGGAGCAUUUGGUAUUGUUUGGUCAUAUUUAACAAUAACCGGAAGAAUGAUUGCUGUUAAAGAAAUUGAACUAGACGAAGGUGAUAGUGAACGUGUACGUAAUGAUUAUGAAUCAGUACGUGAAGAAGUUCAUAUACUUCGAGCAUUGACUCAUCCAUAUGUUGUCAAAUUUCUUGGAAUUUCAUUAGAAAAUACACGUUUAAUAAAAAUUUUCAUGGAAUAUCUUCCAAAUGGUACCAUUGAAAAUAUGUUAAUAUCGUUUGGUCCAUUUCAUAAUGAUGUACUAAAAAAAUAUACUCGACAAAUUGUUGAAGGUGUUUUCUAUCUUCAUCAGAACGGUGUCGUUCAUCGAGAUAUAAAAGGAAAAAAUGUUAUGCUUGAUUUUGAUGGUAAUAUAAAACUAAUUGAUUUUGGUUGUGCAAAACGAUUAAAGAAAAAUCAAAAUACACAUUCAAUGCGACAAAUACUUAAAUCAAUGAAAGGUACAGCCAAUUGGAUGGCACCAGAAGUAAUAGCAGAGACUGGACAUGGAAAAAAAGCAGAUAUUUGGUCAAUAGGCUGUACUUUAUGUGAAAUGGCAACAGGAAAACCACCAUGGUCUUCAGAACAUAAUCAUCUAGCUGUAUUAUUAAUUAUUGCUAAUGGUACAAAACCACCGGCAGAUCUACCUGAUACCUGUCCAGUAUCAGCUCAAGAAUUUUUUCGCUUAUGUUUAACACGUGAUCCAGUAGUAAGACCAUCAGCGAAAGAUCUACUGGCUCAUCCAUUUUUAGUUUCUUGA